GACGACUUCGCCUGCCUGCCUUCCCGCUUCCCUCGUCAACCAAACCAAACCAACUCGUGAGGUCUCGUCCCCAUCGCCACGCCACGCCACGCGCCGCGCACCGCCCGCCUCCUCGAAUCUCUCGAGCCCGCGCGCCAUCCGAUCCCCUGAAAUCGAUCGGCCCGACCCUAGCCCCGCCCGCCGCCGGCCAACGCCCGCCCACCUCGGCUCGAUCAGGCGGCCCCCGGGGGGGAGCGAGCGAGGCCUCCAUCGCGGCGGACCCCGAUGCCCCGCCUCCCGGUCACUCCGGCGGCGGCGGAGGCAUGAGCCGGCGGGGACUCGCCGGAGCUGUCAGCCAUGGACGCCACCGCGCGCCCGGCCAUCGUCAUCGACAACGGCACAGGGUAUAGCAAACUUGGAUUUUCUGGGAACUCGGAGCCGUCUUUCACCCUCCCUACUGUCGUAGCUGCGAACGAAUCUUUUCUAGACCAGACAGAGCUGUUGAGUAGUGCAAACUGGAUAGCACAGUAUAAUGCAGGCAUCAUGGCUGAUCUUGACUUUUUUAUUGGUGAUGAGGCUCUAUCGCGGUUUAGGUCUAGUGGGCUGUACACACUAAGAAGUCCAAUCCGUCAUGGUCAGGUUCAUGACUGGGACACAAUGGAGAGAUUUUGGCAGCAAUGCAUUUUCAAUUAUCUACGUUGUAAUCCUGAAGAGCACUAUUUCCUUCUUACGGAUAGUCCUGUCAGUACACCUGAAAGUCGUGAAUGUACAGGAGAAAUAAUGUUCGAGACCUUCAAUGUCCCUGGACUAUAUAUUUCUGUUCAAUCUGUCCUCAGCCUUUCUGCUGGAUAUGCCUAUCUGAAAAGUAUUUCUGAUGACGAUUCAGAUACCGUGUCUGAUAUGACAGGAGUAGUAGUUGAUAUUGGGGACGGAGCUCCACAAAUCGUGCCAGUUGUAAAUGGCUAUGUAAUUGGGAGUAGCAUAAAGUCUUUUCCUUUUUCUGGAAGUGAUGUAACCCAGUUUGUUUCGCAGCUUUUACAGGAAAGAGGUGAGCUUUUGCCACCUGAGGAUUCUUUAGAUAUAUCUCGUAAAGUGAAAGAAAUGUAUUGCUAUACUUGUUCAGACAUUGUCAAGGAGUUCAAGAAACAUGACAAGAAGCCUGAUAAGUACAUCAAACAUUGGACAGCUGUUAAACCAAAGACUGGGGUCCCAUAUACAAUUGACAUCGGAUAUGAACGCUUUCUUGGGCCAGAGAUCUUCUUCAAUCCUGAGAUUUACUCUGCCGAUUUCUCCACUCCUUUACCCGAGUUGAUUGAUAACUGUGUUCAGUCUGCACCAAUUGACACAAGGAGAGCUCUGUACAAGAAUAUAGUAUUAUCUGGUGGAUCUACUAUGUUUAAAGACUUCCACAAGAGACUCCAAAAUGAUAUAAAGAAGAUAGUGGAUGAGCGUGUUGCCGCGACUAAUGCCCGUCAUCGUGUGGAAGUGAGACCUAUUGAAGUCAACGUGGUUGCCCAUCCAAUACAGAGUUAUGCAGUUUGGUUCGGGGGGUCAGUAGCUGCGUCUAACCCUGAAUUCUUUGAGUUUUGCCACACAAAGGAGGAAUACGAGGAACAUGGAGCCAGCAUCUGCAGAACAAGCCCAGUUUUCAAAGGAAUGUACUGAAAUUUUCCUCACAACCCAUCCUCUGUUAGGAGCUCAUUUAGGUUUCUUUUCGAUAGAAUAUAGCCAAUUUUGAUUCUUUUUUGGUCCGUUCCAACCAUUAUCGGGCCACCCUGACUAGAUUUGUAGCUCUGUUUGUACCAGUUGUUUGUUCUGUGUUCUGCGUCGCAUGUUGUGUAUAGCCAACAGCUUGGUUCCUGUUCGAGGUGCUUGAUUGUAGCCACAACCUUGGACAGUUUAGAGGAAAAAUAUUGGUUAUUCUUUUACAUUAGCUUGUUCAGACAGAUUUACGGAACUCUUAUUAAUAAGAAGUCAGGCUAAAUUUAGGACUCUGUUCAACAAUACAGUGCGUGGAAUAAAGAAAUCUGUCGUGGA